GCCGGUCGCUGGCGCCGGCAUGCUCUGCGCGACGUCGAGCGGGAGCGCCACCGAGGCCGCAUCUUCAACGAGCUACUGAUGGCCGCCUUCCGCGAAUACGACAGCGAUGCGGACGGCUUCCUGACGCCGCCUGAGGUUUUGACCUUUCUCCAGGGGCACGGGCUGCACUACGUCGCCGACCGCGCUUUCGUGCCGGUGGACGACAACGUGCAGUUUGGUGACUUCAAGUCGCUGCUACUGGACACAUGCAUCCUCUCGCUGUAUGCGUCCGACGGCAAGAUCCAGCUGAGCAAGGAGGUGCCCCUCAUGGACAAGGUGUGCGAAGAAUUCUUCAGGGGCGCCGACCUCGACGGCAAUUUCGUCAUAUCACCCCAGGAUCGGCUAGAGCUCGAAGUGCUGUUUGGCCGCAUACACAUGGCGUCGCACGCGGGCACCUACUAUGCCGUCUACGCAAAGGAGGGGUACGGCGGAGGGAUCAGCAUGGACGGCUUCAAGCACAUGCUGCUGGGGGAGGCGCCGGAGGCGUCGUACCACGACGAGGUGCUCACCGCGGCAGAGUACCAGCACGAGUCCUUCAACUCCUACCGCCAUUGACGACGAGAGAGUCGAGGCGACAUUUGUCUGCACGGUGGAGCUCGCGAACGUGUACACCGGUGUGGGGGUAGCGGUGACACUGGAAGUCUUGAUGCGACCUGCUGUGCCUGUGAUAUUAGUAGCUAUUUGAGACUUGAGAUUACUGAUUUAGAGCCCCGAGCCCCGCCGAGCCGCCGGGCCGAGCGCGAGCCCGAGGACCCUACGAGAGUCCCGUAGUGCUACGAGCUACGACGCAGAGUGUGUAGAGAGUUUUGUAGAGCGAGGGAGAGAUAGUGCUCAUAGUCGGAGGCCACAUU